UUUAUUCCUCUUUUCUUUCCCUCCAUAUAGAUGUACGGUGGUAUGCGCGGUAUUAAAGCUUUGGUCACAGAAACCUCUGUCUUAGAUGCCGAUGAGGGUAUUCGUUUCCGUGGUCUUUCCAUUCCCGAAUGCCAAAAGGUAUUGCCCGCUGCUGAUGGUGGUGCUGAACCCUUGCCCGAGGGUCUCUUCUGGUUGUUGAUGACCGGUGAUGUGCCCACCAAGGCUCAAGUCAAACAAUUGUCCAAGGAAUGGGCUGAACGUGCUGCUUUGCCACAACACGUUGUCACCAUGUUGAACAAUUUCCCCACCACCUUGCAUCCCAUGUCGCAAUUCUCGGCUGCCAUUACGGCCUUGAAUCAUGACAGUAAAUUCGCCAAGGCUUACUCAGAGGGUGUCCACAAGACCAAGUACUGGGAAUACGUGUACGAGGAUAGCAUGGACUUGAUUGCCAAAUUGCCCGUUGUAGCUGCCACCAUUUACUGCAACACAUACCGCAACGGCAAGGGCUCCAAAUCCAUCGAUCCCAAUUUGGAUUGGUCCGCCAAUUUCGUCAAGAUGUUGGGCUAUGACAAUCCCCAAUUCACCGAAUUGAUGCGUCUCUACUUGACCAUCCACAGUGAUCACGAAGGUGGCAAUGUAUCCGCCCACACCGUGCACUUGGUUGGUUCCGCCUUGAGCGAUCCCUACCUCUCCUUCGCUGCCGGUAUGAACGGUUUGGCCGGUCCCUUGCACGGCUUGGCCAACCAAGAAGUCUUGGUCUGGUUGCGCAAAUUGCAAAAGGAAGCCGGCAACAACCCCUCCGAAGACCAACUCAAGGACUACAUCUGGAAGACCCUUAAGUCUGGCCAAGUUGUGCCCGGCUAUGGUCAUGCUGUACUCCGUAAGACCGAUCCUCGCUAUACCUGCCAACGUGAGUUCGCCCUCAAGCACUUGCCCGACGAUGAACUCUUCCAAUUGGUAUCCAAGAUCUACAAGGUCGUGCCACCAAUCCUAACCGAAACCGGCAAGGUCAAGAACCCCUGGCCCAAUGUAGAUGCUCACUCCGGUGUUUUGUUGCAAUACUACGGCAUGAAGGAAAUGAACUACUAUACCGUAUUGUUCGGUGUUUCCCGUGCCCUCGGUGUGUUGGCUUCCCUCAUCUGGGAUCGUGCUUUGGGUCUACCCAUCGAACGUCCCAAAUCCUUGUCCACAGACUUGCUCAUGAAGAUGGUUAAGAAGUAAAUUUUGGGUAUCAGUGUAGUUUAAUUAACAACAGCAACAACAAUAAUAACAACAACAAAAACCAAAAACUAUUUCUAAACAACAACAACAAACAAAAAGUAUCGUAAAAAAAUUACAUUAUUGCAAAAAAAAAUAUAAAAUUAAAUUAAGAAAAAAAAAGAAAAUUUAUUUUAAAUUUUCUUUUCUAAUUAAGAAACAUAUGUUUUGAAUGUAAUGAGAGGAUUUAUUUAACAACAACAACCAAACCAUAUUUAAGAGAAGCAAACAAUAUUU